GGUGAAUCGAAAACUCUAAAAAGAAGCAUGUUUUUGAUAUUUUGAAAGCUUGGUGGGUCUUAUUAUGGAAUCCACUUUCAUGACAAAAGGUGCUCAAGUCUGAAACGCAUGUGGGGAUUUCGGAAUUGAAUACGGCCCAAGUUAAGGGGUUUGCCCUUCCAAUUGGACUCUUCUCCAUACACACUUCACUUCCUUUCGGGAUCUGUUGCUUAAAGGGACAGAGGUGUCGGGCCACCGAUGCCAAGUCCAAAAGUUGCUAGUUUGUUAAACAUAAAGCCUGGCCCUAACUUAUCUAAGCGAUGCAAUUAAAGAUGGUGAUGCAAAAGAGUUUGCCUAUGAAUGCAAGAACUAUUGGGAGUGGGGAACAGACAGUGAUUUUAGCACAUGGGUAUGGGGGAGACCAGUCUGUGUGGGAUAAAGUGGUGCCGAAAUUGGGUGAGAGUUACAAAGUUGUCCUCUUUGAUUGGUGUUUUUCUGGGGCCAUAAAGGAUGGGAAUCUGCAGCAGUUUGAUGCUAUCAAGUACUCUUCCUACGAAGCCUUUGCUGAUGAUUUGGUUAAGCUUCUAGAAGAGCUCAACUCCAAAUCUUGUGUCUUUGUUGGCCACUCCAUGUCCGGCAUCAUUGGUUGCAUUGCUUCCGUUAAAAGGCCCGACCUUUUUAACAAGCUCAUCCUUGUUGCCUCUUCUCCAAGGUUCAUAAAUGGGGAAGACUACGAAGGGGGUUUUGAGAAAUCAGACGUUGAACAUAUGUUCAAAAACAUUGAAGCAGACUUCGAGGAAUGGAGUUCCAAAUUUGCAUCCCUGGCCGUGGACCCAAUGGACCCGCACUCGGUCCAAAAAUUCACCAAAUGCUUGCAGAGAAUGGGGGUGGAGAUCGGAUAUCCGUUGGCGAAAACCGUGUUCUUGAGCGACCAUAGGAGCGUGCUUGAAAAGGUUACCACUCCUUGUACCUUAGUAACAUGCGCGCGUGAUUUUGUGGUUCCGGUAUCGGUACCCCUCUUCAUGAUGAAUAAGAUCAAGGGAGAUUCCACGCUAGAGAUUCUCAAUGCCGAAGGCCAUUUCCCUCAGCUCACAGCCCAUGAAGAUUUCCUUGCAGUUGUUCUAAAGGCCUUGCAUGUGUUCACCUGAAAGUAAAGCAAAAGGAAAGGAAUAAAGCUACUUUUACACCAAGCAAUGUACCGCUAUUUGUACACCACAGGGGUGCACCGUCAUUUUGAUUUUUUAGACUACACAUAUAUAAUGGUGGUACAAAAACAUUUUGUGCUAGUGUGAACUUCCAAAAUGGCGGUGCACAUGUUUGGUGUAGAAAAUGGGGUGCACUCCUUGGCUUAGAAGUAGCAUAGUUGGAAGGAAAUAGCAUUAGUUGUCCUUUCUGGCUGUCAAUUGGUACAUGUUUUAAAAUUGCAGGUAAAAAAUUUAAAGCAAAAGAAAAUAGCAUUAGUUGUGUUUUCUUGCUGUCAAUGGGUACACGUUUUAAAAAUGCCAGUAGAAUAUUUUACUUAUG